AUGCCUCCAUCGCCAUCAUCACGAACAAUCCACAAGACUAUGAAUCACACUGGGCUUCAAGGAUGGGGGGAUGGUACAGAUCCAUGCCCCAGAGUUUGCUCCUCCCUUCAACAUAUGGUUCUAUAUUUUUCAACAGUAUGUCGAUUGCCCGGUGUCGUUCUGGAUCGACAAGGCCAAGCACCCAAUGUACCGGAGUCCCUCCGCACAAUGGUACAGCCCAAUACGGCCGCCUUCGCAGAGCGGAAACGUCUUUGUCGGGGCACUAAAUCUGCCGACAUACCGGGGAUCCGCAAGCUGUCAAACAAGAGGACCAAGCCACGAAGAGAGCAUCAAGAAGUCAGCAUUGGGCUCGUACUGCUCUUGAAGAUGUGCGCUGAAGGCAUCGAGAGGCGUGCUCCUCAGGUGAGUUCGGUUUUCGACAUGGUGUAUAAGGGGCACAAGAUCUUGGGCAAUGAUUGUUAUGUUUCGAAUCUUUCGCACAUGCUGAUCUGGUGUCAGCGAGGAGAAGUCGGGAAGCUUCAUUAUGUAGACUUGUCAAGAAGCAGAGAAGCGUAG